CCUUGUACGCUGUACUGUAUCAAGAACCAUAAGAGAAAGCGAUUGAAGACGGAGGGGUGGGGAGUGGAGACAAGUAGCGGGAGCUAGACGUUUGGGGAGAAGGUCUAAAAAGUAUCUUGAAAUACGCCUCUUUAAUAUCUAGUACAUCCCACAACGAUACUAUUUAAUUUUCUUGACCGCCGCAUAUUCUCGCUUUCUCAAACUCGCACUCUCUUCCCUGGAAUCCUUCAAACGGUCUCUCAUACUCAACUUUCAAGCUUGCGCACAAUGGGUAAUGGGUGCAGUAAACCGUCAGCGGUAUUCCAGAAGUUCCCCGAAUUUCCUCUUGAUAUCCAAUUACUCGUCUGGGAGCACGCAAUUCAAGGGAUCCCUGCUCGAGUAGUUGCGCUUCGAAGAGGAACGGAACUGAACGAUAUCCCAGCUCUACUCCACACUUGUCACGAUUCUCGUACAUUGGCAUUACAGCGAUAUGAGUGGACCGAAAACAAGAAGGGACAUGGACGAAGGGCAUACCCCCCGAGAAUGCGCUCGUACUUCUGCUUUAUCGACUACGAGCUCGAUUCAGUCUACCUGCCACCGCUGAAAUAUUCACUAAAGUCCUCUCCAAGUCUAAUAAGUAGCUCUGCUUACGGGACUCAUCUCCGAAAUCUUCGAACAAUCAUCAUUCUAUGGAAAUUUUCAGUCCCAUGGCAGUCGCUGCUCAAGCCCACGAAAAUCGCGAAAUUUUGCCCAAAUCUCCGGAAGCUCAUCAUCGUCAAGCCUGGCUACCGUGGGCCUGGGGGACGUUUUCUUGAGCUGGUGGCAAGUGAGCCAUUACAAGAUAUACUGGAAAUAUACGGGGGUGUUUGCGUUCAGAGAUGCCAUUUGAAGAGAUGGCAUAGCGCGGCUCUCAAAUGCUCUGUGAAUUGCACUAAGUCGUUUGAGAAAUUGGAAGUGCAAGAGCUACACUUCAAAAUGUAUCUGAACGUGCAGGAAUGUAAGCGGUACCUGUGGCAGAAAGGCCUGGAGAGUCGAUUCGAAAUUGUUCCGAAACAGAACUCAUUUAAAACAGGCUUUCGACUUUUGUAAGCUUUUUACUGGUGUAGAUGCAGAUUAUAAUUCAAAGCUUCGUUGGCAC